AUGGCAUGCUCAUAUGAUAAAGAACCAUCAGAAUCCAUUGAAGCUCUUUAUUCGUUAUCAUGUGUGCCACGCAGAUGUGUUAAAAAGUACACAGGCUGCAUUGUGAAUGGUGUGCAGUUUCUUACAAAAGAAUGUGGGAUUGUAGUUGAAGAAAACCAUAAUGCUGAGACUAUUGAUUUUGAUGGGGAGCUUAUUGAUAUUAUUCAGAUAGAUUAUGUUAAUGACAAGCACAUUAUUCUUUUCAAAUGCAAUUGGUUUGACCUUGGGAAAAGAAAAACAGGAGUUAAAAAGGAAGGAAAUAUAGUUAGUGUUAAGAUUACUAGGCGUUGGUAUCAAAAUGACCCUUAUAUUUUGGCACAGCAAGCAAAACAAAUUUUCUAUAUAGAUGAUCCAAAAUUAGGAAUAUAUCAAGAGAAUGAAGUUGAUUCAAUUGAAAUUAAGGAGGAUGAGUUACAUUUGCUACUUAGAGUUGAUGUUGAUCCAGAAGAUAUUAAGUCAUUACUAAUUUCAAAACUUCCUGAAGGUGAUGAAGAUGAUAAUUUUGUAGAUGAUGUUGAAACUGAUGACUUAGAUGACACAUUAGUUGAUUAUGUGAAUAAUGAUGACAUUCAAAACACCCUUAAUGAUGAUGAUGAUGAUGAUUUUGAUGUUUGA